CCGAGUCGUUCGAUUAGUAGUGGUUUAGAGCUUUUCUAGCGCAGAAAGUGAGUGAGUGAGUGAUUAGCGGGGUCAUUCGUUCUCUAAUUCUGGGAAAGAAACUAACUUGGACGGCGAAGCAAAGAAAAAAAAAAUAAGCGAAGUAUUAUUUGCUCGAAUAUCACUGGAAAACUCACCGCAGCAGAGAACGACUCCCCAGAAAUCGCACCACCACAACUAACUUUCCAUCCAUAGACGCAAUGUAUUCUCUGUCGCUGUCCGUGACCCUGCUGUUCCUUGUAGUACUCGUGACCGCCCAGCAGCAAAAGUACACCGACAAAUUUGACAACGUAAAUGUGGACCAGGUCCUCGGUAAUGACCGCAUCCUGAGCAACUACCUCAAGUGUCUGCUGGACAAGGGUCCCUGUACCCAGGAAGGACGAGAACUGAAGAGAUUGCUGCCGGAUGCACUGAAAACCAGCUGUGAAAAGUGCAGCGAAAAACAACGGACCAGCUCUCGUAAAGUCAUCAACCAUCUGGAGACGAAAAAACCGGCAGAGUGGAAGAAACUUUUGGAAAAAUACGACCCGGAAGGCAUCUACAAGAGCAAGGUCGAAAAACUGGGUAGAGGUGCAUGAGAGUUGGAUACUUCGAGAGAGAAAAAAAUGUGAUAGCUUUGUCAAACUUCAACAAAAAAAAGAACCACAUUCGAGACAGUAUUUUAAAUGUAACUAAUAAAAUGUUUUAAAUUGAAAUCUAGUACAAGCAGUAAGAAAAUGUCGGCUAGGAAUCAUGCAGUAAUAUUUAUUAUACCAUAAAAUUCGUCCGGUUUGAGAACAUAUAAAACUGUGAAAA